AUGUUACAGGAUCGCAACACGAACAAAACCACUCUGACUCCCUAUUCCAGGGCCGUUUUGGGCGAUGAGACGAAUCGACUACGACAAGCAUCGUUCGACAAACUGACGAAUGGCAUGGGCCGGGCUCCGUCGUCGGGCAUCAAGAGCGCUGGCACAGUUGAGAUCAUGUCCGUCCGCCGCGGUCAAGGCAUUGCGCAGGGGAAUAGGUUCGUUUCUGAGCAACUUCGUCCCGCAUAUCUUGCUUUAAUUUCUCUCUGACUUUCAGAGGACCUGCUAUGUGUCAGCAACAUGCACUCCACAGGUCGCGAGGCCAGAGGCCAAGACGUCGCUGACCUACCCUUAACCGCUUCGACGUCUACUGCCUCUGCUUCGGCCACGGCGUUCGUAUCUUCCCCCUCAGCGUCUCCUUCUCGAUCGCUCGCGACGCGCCACCGGGCCUCCUCGUCAACCUCCUCGAUCCCUAACUUUCAGCAUCCGGUCCAUCUCCCGUCGUCGGGUUACAUCCGCUCUCAGCCUCUUGGUGUGACAUCGAAAGCCUCGACGCGAGCGGCGCUGGCCGAGCAAGGCGAGUACGCUCCGACGCUGAGCGGCGGCAUGGCCAGUCAUCGGUUGAGCGUAUCUUCGUCCUCGUCUUCUUUGGGGAGCGAAGACGUGCUCGAUGACGAGGAUGAGGCUGGACCGAGUAGGGUUCAUGAUCCGAGAAAGUACGAGAGUGAUUCCGAGGUCGUGCUGAGAUCGAGUGCGAGUGGUCAGGCGUGGGACAGGUGGAAGCAUGACCUUGAGGACCUACCGGUGCGUAUCUUUUUGUCACGCCUUCGCAGCUGGAAAACAGCACUGACGUGUCCCGCCCUUCUCCAUGCAGCCGAAUCCAAAGCUCUGGCUCCCGUCUCAUCUCUCUCUCUACCUCUCCGCCCAUCUCUCUCUCCACCCACUCCUCUCCAAAGACAUCACCGAGUUCAUCAGAAAGUCUCGCUUGUCGGGCCGCACCUUCCUCAGGCUUCGAGAUGAGGACAUGGAAGAGAUGGGCAUCAAUCUACGAUGGAGGAGAGCUUUGAGCGACGCCCGAGAAGUUCUGAAGAAAGAGGCUUCUAAUGGAAGGCUCUUUUGGGGAUUUGAGGGUGGAGCAGCGCCGGUAGCGGUCAAGGACAGCGAUGGUGGAAACAAGUCGGUGUCCGGAGCUGCGCUCAAUCGGGAUCUCGACGGUGCUCACAUUUUGCUAGGCCUCUCCACUUCUGUUCGUUCCGCAUCGUCGGCUCUGUCGGCCUCAACGGCUCGAACUCGACGUCUUGCCGGGUCUUCCUCCGGCUCUUCCGGCUCGGGCUCGACAUGUGAUUCUCGGCCACCCUCUGUUGGCAGUGGUAUGCCGUACCUUCGGUCCCAGUCGCCGCCGCAAAGCCACGCAUCUGGCACCACAGCUCGCUCGUAUGCCCCGCCUCUACUUCGCCACAACUCCUCUUCAGCCUCAUCGUGCGCCCUCGAAGUCGAGGGACAGAACCAACUCGAGGACGACCUCAUCAAAGAAGAAUGGAAACAGUCUUGGAAGCGACUGCUGAACUACUCCGCUUCGUCAAAUGGUGGGAAGGGCGCUCAUCGAGGUAGUCGUGUCCGAGGCAUGGCGAGUGUGUUUGAAAAGGUCGAUGAGGGGAGUCGGGAAGGCUCCCCGGUCAAGUCGAGAUCGGGAGGAUCACCGAAGGUUACGCGCAGGGAGAAGAAGGGACCGAAACGCGAUGCUCCAGUACAAAAGGAGAGUCGCUGUCGCAACUCGGCGCGAGAAGCACGUGGACACGGGAUGCAGGAUUCGAUCGAUUCAAACGCGUCGAACGCUUCAGUCGACGAAGGAACGUAUGUUCAGCAACUGCAGCGGAGUCGAAAUGUGCAUACCGAGUUUCAUGUUCCAUCUCGGAAGACAUCGCGAACCAUGGGCAAGGCUGACGAAGGAGGGUAUCCAACUGCGAGACCGUUACCCACCCGAACUGCUUCGAUGAGGGCAUCUGCGAUCGAUGUCUUCAGCAUGGGAUCCGCCCUGCCCCUAGACUCGGAGUUCGAUCGGACUAACCUUGGAACAUCAUUAAAGAGAGUUCCCAGUCCCAUCUCCACCGCCAAUGCGACCGAAGUGAAGACCAUCCGUGGGCCAUUCGCUUCGACCUCGUCUGCCAAUCCGCACCCUCACGAGCGCGUUCCCUCGAACCCACCCACGACCCGAAGUGGCAGUCGGAUGUCGAAGGAGGAGAAGCGCCGUUCGCUGGCGACCUUGUUCGACCUCGAAAUUCCGAGGGUAUCCACGAUCUCGACCUCGACAUCAUCAAUGACGAGAAGGUCAACGAUCGUUGGCGCCGAUGGAGCGGAUGACCUGGUCGAGUGGGAGAUCGGUGCGACGCAGGGUAAGAGAGGGAGUAUGGUCUUGGUCAAACGUAAGUUUCGAAAGAGCGAAUUCGUUUUGCGGUUUGGAUUCUCAUCUGAGGUUUGAAAUUUCCAUUGCUCACAGGAUCCCAACUCGAGGCUGUCGCCCGAAGAAUGGACGAGAUUGAGGAAGCGCUUGCUGCAAGUAUCCAUGGCGGAUCCGAGGCAGCAGUCUCGAUCGCAGGUGAUCUACCCGACCCUAUCAGAACACUGCAGAGUCGCACAUCUUCGAACGCUCGUGAAGAGCAAGAUACGACCACAGCUCUCGAGGCUCUGACCCAACGGUUGGCAUCGCUCGAGAAUCGCUUGCUCCCGGCCCCCGCGCACCAUCCACUGGCACAACAGCAACACCACGCGCACGCGUGUCACGGAUAUGGGUCCCCAUCCUCGCCUUCAAUGUAUGAAUCGUCUCCACAAGCGACAGCACGGGUCGACGCGGCGAUGUCAUCUUGGGUUGCUCAUCAACUCACUCUGAACGAGAUCGAGGCGUCUAGGCAGGCCCGAGCAAACGCUCUCGACCGUCAGCACAGGGAUCGCAUGGAUGCGGCGUCACUCGAUAACAGCGCGAGGUCGAGGGAAGCAUCUCAUGACAUCAUGGCGUAUCGCAGAGACGGCGAAGAUGGCCCGAAAGUUGGUCGAGCGGGUGAUCCGGGGAUGGGUCCGGGUGGGCCACUGUCAUGGUCCUCUUUGGGGGGGUACGUCGUUGCGGCUAGUAUUGGAAUUGGAGUGCGUACUUUUCUCCGUGUUGACCUCUCACAACUACCGUAAGCACUGAUCACACCAUGACAUUGCGUCUCCACAGAUUGUGGCGGGUGAGGUCGUAGCUGCGAAGCUCUUUAAUGUCCGCGCGGGACAUCAUUAG